AUGUCUUCUCCACUCAAAAAUAUCAUCAUAAUUGGUGCAGCCGGUAACUUGGGGACCUCGAUCCUCGCUACUUUCGACGCCGACCCCAACUUCAAUGUUUCUAUCCUCUCUCGCAAGUCAUCUAAAUCCGUCUUCCCAACCCAUCUCCUUGUUCACCGGGUCAGUGACGAGUAUCCAGAAGAUGAACUUCUGGUAGCUUUGAAAGGACAAGAUGUAGUCAUUUCAACUAAAGCAACAGCUGCUGCUGAUGUGCAGCAAAAGGCAGUUAUAGAUGCAGCUAGCAAAGCCGGUGUAAAACGUUUUAUACCAUCUGAGUUUGGAAGUGAUACGAGAAAUGAUGAAGCUAUGAAAAUCAUCCCGCAGUACUUUAAGUAUAAGCUGGACACUGUGGAAUAUUUGAAGGGGAAAGAAAAGGAAGGGUUCACUUGGUCUGCGUUUGUCACUGGCCCAUUCUUUGAACUGGCUGUAAAACUUUUCAUGGGCUUCGACUUAAAAGAACAAAAAGCUGUCAUUCUCGCUUCUCUUGAAAAGGCGACGGAUAAAAAGUGGGAUGUUUCAUAUGUUGAUGCAGAAGAGCAGAAGAAGAUGGAGAAGAUGGAAAGGGGAGGUUUCAGUGGUGCGAUGGGGUUGAUUAGAUAUGUUAAUUCUGUGAAAGGAUAUGGUGGUGAUUAUACAGAGUAUGAGGAGAUGUCGAAUGAGUUGCUGGGGGUACAGAAAGAGGAUUUGGAUAAGGUUGUGAGGGGAAUUGUGGAGGGCUGA